GUGCGCGUCUGGGUUAGGUAGCCGUUUUACGGCGAAGGUCUACAGCGUGUGAUAUUUCAAGCGUUGUUAUUACAUUGAAGACAACAAGUUUGUCCUCCAGAAGCAUAUACCGAAACAUAUGGCUGCAAGAAUUUUAGAGUUUUGGAGGGUAAAUUCCGGAGUUAUACAUUUUACUUUGGGUACUGCCUGGGCGUGCAUCGGAUAUGGUACAUGGUAUGCUGUUGAUGAAAAAAAGGACAAUGUCUCACUCUAUCACGGAAAGAAGCCUGUAGAAGUAGACACCAGUACAUUGACAAUAUCACAGAGUGUCGAUGAAGACUUGAAAAGUAAAAAAGCUGUAUUAAGAAAAUCCAACCUGUUGCGGCCUCCGUAUGUCACUGUCGGUUCAGAAGCAGAGAGUAUUGGCUCAUUGAAAACCACUAUUGGAGGUGCUGUUGGUGUACCGUACUAUUGGAGGUAUUCAACCAGUCAAGAUGUUGAGACUGUGAAGAUUUCACUUUUCAAAAAAGGCAAUACUGCUUUACAAAAGUGGAUAAAAGCAUUCGACAACUUUGUGAAUGCUCGACCAAAAUCAUCAGAAUAUAGUAUACUUACCACAAACGAUGGUGACUGUGAUGUUGUGGAGACGGAAGGGGAGGGAACUGCUCUGGAAAACCUUAAAGAAUCACUAAUAUUAAGUGAAGAUGCUAAGACAUUUGGAUAUAUGCAUGAAAUUAGAUGUUUAAAUUCUCAUUAUCAGAAUGUUGUCAUUGGAUUAGGUAUUUUUUCAUUAACAAUGGGAGGUACUUUUGGGUAUCUUACACAAAUUCUGUUACAGAAAAAUAACCGGUUGAGGCCUGGUCACAUUUUACGAAUAGUUGUACUUGCUCACAUUGUCGCCUACUCUGUUAGUCUGAAUUGGUUCAAGACUGGCAUGGAUUUGUAUCUACGGCAAAAGGAUGUGGACAUUGACAAGGACCUGAUGGACUCUGGAUUGACCAAAGGUGGAAUAGAAUACUAUGACAAAUUAAUACAGAAAAAUAUUAGUUUACGUACACUUCUAGGACCAAAGGGUGAACAUCUCUACAAAGAAAAUGGGAAUGUGAUAUAUCAGAAUCAUCGAAAUCCACAUCUUCCUCUCACUCAACGAAGAAACAAAUUAGCAGCAGCAGUUAACUAGAAUAAGCCAUGCCUCAAAAACUCGCUCCUCAGUUUGAUAAUUUUUCAACUUCUACAUUAUAAACAAAUAAGUGAAGAAAACGUAAACAUCAAUGAUUUAAACAGUGUGGUAUAAACUGAAAUUCUAAUGCCCUCAACAAAUUCAUCAUACAGAUAAAAAAAUCUUGUAACCUAAAAAAAGAAAGAUAUAUAUGGUUUAAAGAAAAGAGAGAAAAAUGUAAAGAGAGAUGGCCAUCUCGAUAGUGGAACAUUGUAACCUUGAAAAUUGCUGAAAGGAUAUUUCUCAAACUUCACAUGUAGGUUCCCCUUGGGCCAUAGUUAUGCACAUUGAGUUUCAAGCCUGUUUGGGGAAAAAAAUGGCCGAUAGACAGCCAUCUUGGAUUUCAACAGCUGAAGUUUGUUAAUGCUAUAAGUAGGAGAGGCUUUAUGAAUGGAUUACCCUUGGUCCCUAGUUGUUCCAGUUCAAUAUUCAAGUCAGUGCCAAGAUCCCUCUAGGAUCUCUGAUUGGUUUAAUACUAUACUAUACAUUGUAAAUGUUAAACUAUCCUAAUACUAUACUAUACAUUGUAAAUGUUAAACUAUCCUAUUGUCUCUAUACAUCUGGCCAUUCCAACACUUGUUACAGAGUCCUGUAUACAAAGAUUGUGGUGAUUUAUUAAAAUCAUUUUGAUAUAUUGGGCCUCUGAUUCCAUAAACAGAUGAUCUCAAACUCUCACUUACUGCAGAUUACGAUUCUAGUGUCAGAAAAAGAUAAUUUUCAUUUAUCCAAUAAUCCUUGAUAAGUUGUACCAAUAUGUCAAAGAAAUUGAUCAUCAUAGAUGUUUUGAAUUACCUUAGUACCAAUAUUUGUUGGAGGGUAUUAAAACAUUGUUUGUGUUGCAUAUAUUGGUAAGAAUACGAGAUACAAAACUCCUGGACUUGUGUGGAGUUGGUGUCAGUAAUGAAUUUUUGAUUUAUAUGUUUGUCACUAUUUUGAAUCUUUAGAAUUUAAAGUUUGUUUAAUAUUAAGAAAAAUUGAUCCUAUGACACUA